AAACAAAAACAUUUUCAUUCUCCUUCAUUCACCCCAUGUUACACUUCAUUCAUUUCUUACUAAAUUUCCUUCCUUUUUCUCUCUCUCUCUUUCAUCUCCACUCAUAAAGUUGCCUUUUUACACUUCUGGGUUGGCCUAUUUUUCAUCUGUCAUUAUUUCUUUUUCUUUCUUUGUUUCUUUUUUAUGUUUAUUGUAACUUGUGAGUCCAGCCAAAAGAUUCAAGUCUUGUACUUGCUUCCUCCUUCUCUUUCUGUUUUGUGUUUUUUUUUGCCAUAAAAUGCCACUCCCCCUUUGCUUUUAAUCCAUUUUUUUUUUUCUGUGUUGGUUUGGUGAGUUUUUAGCAAAAUUCAUUUUGUUUUUGUUUGUUUUUUCCAAGCUGUACACCAUUAUUGUUAUUAUUGAUUUAAUUGCUUACCAAAAUUUGAUGCUUCAUUGUUUAAUCUAAUUUCUUCCCAUCAUUGGUAAUAAAUCUCGUUUGUUUUUCCAUUUUUGUUUAUUACUCUUCAACCGCUUCCUUUCCUGAAUCUCAAAUGUUUCUGGAAACAAAUAUUUUCUGGGAAUAAAGUGUUUUCAUCUUUAUUCUAAUCUGGGUUGUCAUCAAAAUCCAGUCUUUUCAACUGUUUCUUCAAGAUCUCUUGUGUGGUCACUUGAAAUCUUGAGUUUUUCCAUCUGGGUUGCUUCCAAAAGUGAUGCAAAUUGAGAGUCUUGGCAAUGGCGAAUCUUGUGCCUGGUGUGCUGCUCAAGCUUCUACAACAUAUGAACACUGAUGUGAAAGUUGCUGGUGAACACAGGUCAUCUCUCUUGCAAGUUGUGAGCAUUGUCCCUGCAUUAGCAGGAGGUGAGCUUUUCCCCAACCAAGGGUUUUAUUUGAAGGUUUCAGAUUCAUCUCAUGCUACUUAUGUAUCUUUACCUGAUGAACAUGAUGAUCUGAUUCUUAGUGAUAAGCUUCAAUUAGGGCAGUUUAUUCAUGUUGAGAGACUUGAAUCUGCCUCUCCUGUCCCCAUUCUUCGGGGGGUUAGACCGGUUCCCGGUAGGCAUCCUUGUGUAGGGAACCCUGAAGAUAUUGUGGCAACUCACUCUCUUGGGUUCCUUAGUAAUGAUAAUAAUAAGAGUAGUAGUAAUAGUUCUUCAGGGUCUAAACCUGGAGAGAAAGUAAAAUCGCCUUUAAAAGUAGUGAUAGGAAGUAAUCAGAAUCAUGUUGGUGAGAAAGAGAAGUUGGGGAACAGAGCUAAAGAUGAUUUGUUGGAGAAGAAGACAGUGGCGACUUUGAGUAGAUCAAAGUCUCAGUUGUCAAAACAGGCAUUGACUAUACAUUUGAAGAAGGAGGGUAUGGGGAAGUUGAAGACUUCAAGUUCUAGGUCAAUCCCUUCUUCUCCCACGAGUUGUUAUUCGUUGCCUACUUCGUUUGAGAAAUUCGCAAAUGGGGUUAAGCAGCAUUCAAAGAUUAAGGGGUUGGAUAAGGCUACACCGUGGGUGGGAUCAGUUGAAAAGGUGAGUUCUCUUCGUGCAGCAAGUCCCACCACAAGGAAGGUACCGGUGAUCAAGAAUAUAGUGCAGGGAUUUGAGCUUGGGGCAAAGGCUUUGAGGAAGAGCUGGGAAGGGAAUAUGGAGGUGAAGACUAGGGAGAAUUCAAAGUUGAGAGCUGCCAAACAUGAUCCCAAGACUGAAGCACGAAGUACUUCAGCUCCUAGGAAAAGCACAUCAAGUGAGAGGUUGCCAUCAAAAGAGGAGAAUAAGGUUAUAUCUGCAAAGUCAUCUAAAGAGGAGAAUAAGUUUCAAGUCUCAACCAAGAAAGUUCCAGCAAAUGGAACACUGGAUGAUCAAGAAAAAUCAAAUAAACUAAGAACUACGAUUGGGAGGAAAUCGGGAGAGCUUAAUAAUAAUGGUCUACCAGGAAAUUUGGUCAAGGUUCCAAUAAAUAGUAAAAGAUUAACAGAUGGAAGUGUUUCAUGGACUGCACUCCCCUCUUCACUUUCGAAGCUUGGAAAGGAAGUCAUGAAGCACAGAGAUGCUGCACAGACUGCUGCAAUAGAGGCUAUGCAGGAGGCUUCUGCUGCAGAGAGCUUGCUACGAUGUUUAAGCUUGUAUUCUGAGCUAACUUCAUCAGCCAAGGAAGACAAUCCACAGCCUGCUGUGGAGCAAUUCUUGACACUUCAUUCAAGCUUGAAUAAUGCUCGAAUGAUUGCCGAUUCUCUGUCAAAAAUUAUACCAACUGGUUCAUCCCCAGAUCAUGAAGAAAAUCCAUCAGAAGAAGCACUAAAGAUCGCAUCAGAUAGACGGAAACAUGCAGCAUCUUGGGUCCAAGCUGCAUUGGCCACCAAUUUAUCAUCCUUUUCUGUUUUUAGUAAAGAUCCUUCUUCAACUCUUGUACCUCCUUUGGCCUCUGCUCUUGGCCAAAAGAUUGUCUCUGGCAAUCAACCCAUGUUAGUGCUAGAAAAUUCCAGGAAUUCCUCAGCAAAACCGCAAGGGAAACCCCGUGUAACAGUCUGCUCUAAACUCGUCGCAUCAGGAGCUCUUCGCAGACCAGGAGAUGGUCCAGCCAGUGGUCAAAAGGCACAGGUCCAACCCUUGCCAGACUGGAAUAGGGGAGAUGGCCUAGAUGAGGCAGUGGACUUGGCAGAGAUGUUGCAAAUGGAGUCCCAGGACUGGUUCCUAGGAUUUGUUGAAAGGUUCUUGGAUGCUGAUGUUGACACGUCAUCUUUGUCUGAUAAUGGUCAAAUUGCAGGGAUGUUGACUCAGCUCAAAAGUGUGAAUGACUGGUUAGACAAAAUCAGUACAAGCAAGGACGAAGAAGCACCCCAUGUCUCGGCUGAGAUAAUCGACAGGCUAAGGAAGAAGAUAUAUGAGUAUCUCCUGACACAUGUUGAAUCUGCCGCCGCCGCACUUGGUGGUGGAUCACAAUCAUCGCCUCGGAUUCGACCAACCGAAGCAAAAUCAAAAAGGUGACUUUCCCUUCCCCACCUAAUAUGCAGUGUUGUCAGUGUAUUAUAUGUGGUAUUGAGCUAUAGCAUCUGUGCUUCGAAACCACCAAGUGGUUCCAGGAGCCCAGUGAUAUGAUUUAUAUGUACAUAAAUCCUACAGGGGUUUGAGGUAUAGAUGUAGUAGUCACAUUGAUUAUGAAAAGAAAAAGGCAUUGAAGAUGUGAAGCAUGCAUGGAAUUUUUCACCCUCUAGUUUGCAUUUGUUUAUUGAAAUUAUACAAAGGAAAACAGUUUGGAGAGUAGAGAGUUGAUCUUCUGAAUGUGUGUUUUGUUUCCAUUCAGAAUGGAAAUUGUUUUUCUUGAUUCUAAAUUUGGUUUUACAGUUCCUCCAUUGACAUUGCAAUGUAUAUAGUUCCAAGAUGAAAGUUGUCAACUUUGAUUUCCUUUAAUCUUUUCAACAUAAGACUUGGCAUUAAGGAUGCAUCAGUUUUCAUCGACAAGAUAUUUGUCAGGUGGGCGAAGGUUGGCCGAAACCCUUCGCCGCUGUGUACAAAACAAAGUCUUUUGUAUAAUCUUAAAGGAUCUAACCAAUUUAACUCUCGAAGUUAAUACUUGCUUCAAACUCUCCAAGUUAUGACCUUAACCGCAUGCAAAGCGGCAUACUUGGAUGCUGAGUUUGAUAAUGUUAUUGAAUCGAUAACCAUCGAAUCUGAUCAAUGGUUAAAACUAAGAAUGAUCUAAUGUUGUUGCUUAUCUAUGACAUAGUUUUGCUUAUCUAUGACAUAGUUUCAGAGGAUUGUUAAUU